AUGGCUCGCUAUCGUUGUCUCCCCUCCUCAUCCAGACCUCAUCCUGCGAAGGAUCCCUACACUUCAGCCGACGAGAAACGAGUAGCUCGUGUCACCCGCAGUUCCAGCAGCGCCAAGCCCAGGAUCCUACAGAAACGCGAAAUCGGCGACAGCUACCUGGCCCCUGACGAACGAGUCGAGGAAAUGCUCAAGAUCCCUUUCGUCGAAAUCCUCAGCCCCGUCGAAGUACGAUGCAUACUCUGCGACCAAAGCAUUCGCCUCGAUGCGCGUGGAAAGUCCACGCAGACGACGGGCCUGUACGCCUACAACCUCAAGAAGCACAUCGGGAGAAAGAAGCAUCAGUUCAACGCAAUCAGGGAGGGAUACGAGGAUUGGGUGAUGUCUGAGUUGAAGUCAUCCAGAGCGCAGUCAAAAGGAGAAAAACGUGGAAAAUCCCGUUCUAGGAGAGCACCGAUGAAAGAGAAGCAACCGUCUUCACUGCCUUCCACCGACACUAACAACGGAAAGGGGUAA